AUGAUGCGCCGGUUUUCAACGAGCGCAGCGGUGCUCAGACGGUCGGUGGCCAAUGCCAAACCACUGGUGCUGCGCCCGCCCAUCGAGCCGCGGGUUUCUGAUGUCAAUGUCCCUGAGGAUCACCCUCUGUGGCAGUUUUUUGCCGACCAGAAGUACAUGCGCACCUCGACGGAGCUGAACGGUGUGGGCAACUCGUGGACGAUUCCACAGCUCCGACGUAAGUCUUUCGACGACCUGCACACUCUCUGGUAUGUUUGCUUGAAAGAAUGGAACAGAUUGGCCCGCGAGCAGUACAUUGUCAAGCAGUGGAUGAGUCGGCCGAGUGAAGACACGUUUACGGACGAUAACUCGCUCUACACUGAAACUGUCAACAAGAUCCGCGAGUCCAUGUGGCGUAUUCGCCAUGUCCUCGCCGAGCGCUAUCAUGGGUACCGCGAGGCGGGCCAGAUUCUGGGCGAGGAGUACCCCAAGCUGCUGGCGGAGUUCUCCAAGGAGUACCUCGAGGCAGAUUCUAAUGCAGACGCCGAGGUCACUGGGCAGCUUGAGCGAUUCCAGUUUGCAUUCUUUGGCAUCAAUCCUCUCCUCGAGGGCAACUUCCCCGAGCCCCAGGUUCUCAGAGGCCUGUAUGCUGUUGCCAGACUCAAGCUGGCUCGCUAUGCUUCUGAACAGAGCCAGGUCUCUGACGUGAAAGACGUCCGCGAAGCCUUCCUUCUGUUCACUUGCGAGCACUCUCCCGAGGGAGUUGCUGAGGCCAUCGAGAGCAUCCUGGAGGUGCGUCAAGCCGAGCCCGUAGAGGACGAACUCGAGACCCUUUCACAGUUGAUGCUUGCCAGCCAACAAGCAUGA